AUUAUUUUCAAAGAACCCAUAAAUUGGAAGGACUGAAUCAUGUGGAUGGAACUAACCUUCUGUUUAUUUGUGACAGCAAUUUUGGUAUUGGUGCUUUUUAUCUUGAAUAUAGAUUCCGCGGAAGGUGACGAUGUACCUAAAUCCCGAUGGUCUAGACUGCAGAAGUUAUGGGACGAAGGCACAUUUAAAAAUAAACCAUUGAAAGUUUCCAAGGAUGUGAUAUAUGCUAUGAUGCAGAGAGGAAUUUACUCACUAAAUUCCGACGUCGAAAGAGACGACGAUGGCGGUGAGGUGCGUCUGUGGACCCGUGAGAUGCUCGAAAAGUCGUUUUUCAAACUAGAGCAAAGUCAACCUAAUAUUUUGUUGCUUAAGAAAAUUGCAAAUGAUUUUGUUGAAAACGUGGAGAAAAGUAUUGAAGAAUAUGAGGAUAAUCUAUGCAAAUUGAAUAACGAUUUGGGGUGGAUCACUGAGGCUCAUCAGCUCAUAAAGAAGGAGAUCCAAAAACAAUUGUGCGAGACAGAGAAGAAAAUCCCAAUAAGCGACAACUGCAAACAAACCUGGAUAGCGCCAUUGCCAUCCUUUCGAUGCCCAAUAAUUGCAGACGCCAAAGCUGAGGACGACUUCUUGACCACAUUAGAUCAAUUUGAGAAAUCAAGAGGAAUCCCAUAG